AUGGAGAGCACCGAUGAUGGCUCCGUUUUGGUUGAAAAGGUGCUUGCAUCCGUUCCUCACGCAGAACCAGCCACGCUAACAUUGUCCAACCAACCGCAUGGCGAGGAAAUGCGUCAGGAGCACAUUUGCGGCACUUCGCUGGCGGCGCUGGGCAUAACACACGGACACAUGCUUUAUGCGACAUACGAUACCGCGAGCCCAGACGACGCAUCCUUAGCGCAAGAAACCUCUCCCCCGUUGGACAUAAAGAACCGGGAUGUGCGACCUUGGGAAUCCGUGCAAGAGGAUGCGGUCGAUAUCUACUGGGAGAAACAGCCCGGCACAAUACCACGAUCUCGCGAUGCGCAAUUUUGCCGGCACGGCGAAAAGGGCAUGUGUGAUUACUGUAUGCCCUUGGAGCCAUACGAUGCGGGCUACCAUGCGUUGAAGAAUAUCAAGAGUUUGUCCUUUCACGCAUACUUGCGCAAACAAAAUAUUGGUGUGAAUGCGGCGCGUACGUCGACAUUUGUCCCUCCGCUGGAGGAAGAAUCGCUAAAAGUCAAAGUGCCAUGCCCUUCUGGCCAGCACCCCCCGUGGCCCGCAGGAAUUUGCACCAAAUGCCAACCAUCCGCACUCACACUGCAGCGACAGCCAUACCGCAUGGUGGACCAUGUGGAAUUAGUCCACCCCUGCCUCAUUGAAAACAUGCUCGACAUUUGGCGAAAGACGAAUACGCAGCGGUUUGGUUUCCUUAUCGGAAGGUACGAGCCGUUUCCUGACGUUCCUAUGGGCAUAAAAGCCGUAGUAGAAGCGAUCCAUGAGCCGUCACAGCAAGGCGAGCUUGAUGGACUUACCAUUGGCGUGCCAUGGGAAGACCAGAGCGCCGUCGAGGCGCUUGCAAAAGAGUGUGGUCUCGGGAUUGUAGGCAUGAUUUACACGGACCUUCAAGCGGCAGAUCCAACCCACACGGACCCCACCAAAGCCGGUCUUGUUGCCUGCAAGCGUCAUGCAGACAGUUUCUUCUUCAGCGGCGCUGAAGCCAUCUUUGCCGCGCAGCUGCAAUCGGCGAACCGCUCACCCAGUCGGUUUAGUCGCACAGGCAUGUUUAACAGCAAGUUUGUCACUUGCGUGCUUAGCGGCUCGCCGGAAGGGGUGAUUGAUAUCGCGGCAUACCAAGUCAGCGAGCAGGCAAUGAGCAUGGUUGACGCAGACAUGAUCGAAGCGAGUGUCGAACCCACCACGGUGCGCGUCAAACCGAGCACUGCCGACCGCUACAUGCCCCAAGUGUUUUAUCGGUACAAGAACAAGUAUAACAUCGACGUGAAGGAAAGCGCAAAGCCCACCUUUCCUGUCGAAUACCUCCUUGUGAACACCACGCAUGGUUUUCCUAAAACGCCCGCGCCUCUUUUCUACUCGCACGCAUUUCCCAUCGAAAACAGGCCCGGUAUACACGACCAGGAUAUGGCCAAAAUGCUCACGGACCUUGCCAAGGUCCUGGGAGACGUGCAACUCCAUCCGGGCAGCGGCUCGCCCCAAGCAAGUCACCACUCCGAGCAGUACAGGGUUAGACAAGACCUUGUCAAGUUUUUCAGCGACUGGCACCUACUCGCCUUCCUCAACAAGAGCGGUCUCGUGGACCAAAACGAUAUGCGCCUUCUCAGCCGCGUGGCUACAUCACACGACCUAGACGCCGCGCUCGAUGCGCUAUUGGAUACCAAUGGCUGGCAUACCCUUUCUGCUCUCGCUCGCGAACAUGCACCACAACUGUCUGCGCCUGCCGACGUGGGAAUGGAGUCCACCGGCGCUGGAAACGAUGCCGCGGCUGGAGGCGUUGCAUGCCCCCACUGUACAUUUAUCAAUCCAUCCGGCACGGCAGACUGUGAAGUGUGUGGUUUGCCUAUGUAG